GCUUGAAGCCUUGAACCAUCUUUUUCACCUAUAUAUACAUCUAUAGAAGUGUAAUAAUACACGUACUAAAUUUCAAAAACUUAUUAAUCAAGACCAAGAAGAAAAAUGGAGAAGAAAUUUUUUGGGCUUUUGCUUUUGCUUCUCUUCUUAUUCGCUUCUGAGAUGAACAUGGUGGUUGAGGUCGAUGGUGCCACAUGCGCAAAACCAAGUAAGUUCUUCAAAGGUGGCUGCUUUUCUGUCAUUUCUGAUUCGGCUUGUAAGAAAGCUUGUAACCAAGAGAAUUGGCCUAUUGGAAUCUGUGUGCCCGUUUUUAGAUGUGAAUGUCGAAGGUCUUGUCAAGCUAUGUUUUCUCCUGAGUCCUCAUCUAUUAAGUAUGAGUAAUUUUAUUAGAUAUUUGUACCCAAAAAAAAGUAAUUUAUAAUCUUAUGAGUGGAAUAAAUGGUUAUCAGUGUGAAGUAUAAGUCUCUAUUAAGUUGUAUUGUACUUUCUAGUUGGUUGUAAAAGAAUGAUUUCCAUAUAAUCUCAUCUCAGUAGUUCUUUUUUUGUGAA